CAGCUUGGUUCUCCAGUAGCUACAGCCGGGUCUGGGUAGGGGAAAGUCCACAGAGUGUUGAGGCGCUGCAGCCACCUGAAAACAGCCAGACACCGACCAUUUCUACUCCCAGCGGCCUCAUGACGCUCUCGUAGGAACCCGAGCUCUCCCUUCCACCAUGGAGAAAGCUCCCUUCAAGCAGAGCCAGGCCUACGGGGACUGGGAGCUGAAGGAGAGGCUGGGGAUAGGAGGCUUUGCCCAUGUUUACCUCUUCCAGCAAAGCGAAACGAAUGAAAAAAUAGCGGUGAAAAUGUGCCGCCUGGACCUGACGCCGAGGAACAGGGACAGAUGGUGCAGGGAGAUACAGAUCAUGAAAAAGCUGCAUCAUAAUAAUGUUGUGACUGCAAAGGAAGUCCCAGAGGAAAUUAAGAUGAUUGCCUUAAAUGAUCUUCCACUCCUGGCCAUGGAGUACUGCUCCAAAGGAGACCUGAGAAACGUGCUGAGCAGGCCUGAAAACUGCUGCGGUCUGAAGGAGAGCGAGGUGCUGUCGUUGCUCCACGACGUCGGAAGCGGCAUUCAGUAUCUGCACGAAAACAAGAUCAUCCACAGGGACCUUAAACCAGAAAACAUAGUCCUGCAGGACUGCAACGGAAAGGUGGUGCAUAAAAUCAUUGACUUGGGUUAUGCCAAAGAUCUGGACCAGGGGAGUCUGUGCACUUCCUUUGUUGGCACUCUUCAGUACCUGGCUCCCGAGCUGUUUGACAACAAGCCAUACACGGUCGCUGUAGACUUCUGGAGCUUUGGCACCAUGGUUUUUGAAUGCUGCUGCGGUUUCCGGCCUUUUCUACACAACUGGCAACCCGUGCAGUGGGCCGGCGUAGUCAAGAAUAAAGGUCCAAAGGACAUCAUGGCGGUGGAGGACUCUAAUGGUGAAGUCAAGUUCUCGACACAUCUCGCCCAGCCGAACAACCUCAGCAGGACGCUGGUGGAGCCGCUGGAGAACGUCCUCCAGCUGAUGCUGAAGUGGAGUCAGGAACAGAGAGGAGGCCCCGUGCAGCGCGCCACAAAGAGGCCCAUGUGCUUCGAGAUGCUCGACGAGCUGCUGAAUAUGAACGUCGUCCACAUCCUGAACAUGACCACCGCUGAGGUCCUCUCGUUCAGACUGAGUCCAGACGAGAGUCUUCACAGCCUGCAGGUGCGCAUCGCGGCCGAAACCAAGAUCGAAGUUGUGAACCAGGAGCUGCUGCAGGAGACGGGCGUCUCCCUGGACCCCAGGAAGCUGGCUAACCAGUGUGUCCCGUUGGACGGCAUGAGAGGGUGGGAUGAGUACAUCGUUUACUUGUUUGACAAGAGCAUCACCAACUACUCCGGCCCCUUGAACGCCAGACACCUGCCUGAAAGAGUCAACAACAUCGUGCAAGACUCGAAAAAGCCGCUACCCCUGUUUGAGUUGAAGAAGGUUUGGGGCGAAGCCGUGAACUACAUCUGCGGUCUGAAGGACGACUACAGCAGACUCUUCCAAGGCCAGAGGGCUGCCAUGUUGAGCCUCCUGCGCUACAACACCAACCUGACCAGGUAUAAAAACAGCAUGUUCGGCUUCUCUCAGCAGCUCCGCGCCAAGCUGGACUUCUUCAAGAGCAGCAUCCAGUACGACCUGGAGAAAUACAGCGACCAGAUGCACUAUGGGAUAUCUUCCGAAAAGAUGCUGAAAGCCUGGCAGGAAAAUGAAGAACGCGCUGCAACCUUUGCACAGGUGGCAGAAGUGAGCCACUUGGAUGACGAGAUCAUGGCUCUGCACUCUGAGAUCGUGGAGCUCCAGAGGAGCCCCUACGCCCGGCGACAAGGAGACAAGAUGGAGCUGCUGGAAGGAAAGGCAAUAGAGCUCUACAUGCAGCUGAAGAGGACGUGCAAAGGCGCCGACUCCGAUGGUACCAGGGACAGCUCUGAAAUGGUGAAGGCCAUCAUCCAGACUGUCCAGAACCAAGACAAGGUGCUCAAAGACCUGUACACCCACCUCAGCAAAAUCCUCAACAGCAAACAGAAGAUCAUUGACUUGUUUCCCCGGAUCGAGAAAACCCUGGAGAACAUCAAAGAGGCCGACAACACCGUGAUGCAGAUGCAGGUCAAAAGACAGAAGGAGUUCUGGCAUUUACUCAAGAUCGCUUGUGCCCAGAACUCGUCUCGUAACUCCAUGGCGGCCAGCCCCGAGUCGUCCCACCUGCUGCAGGUCUCCCAGUGGCCCCAGACGCCACAGCCCGUCAGCUCUCCUCACCCCCUCACCUCCCUGCCCGGACGCAAUGACACUGACGCUGCUCCACGACUGCUGCAGGAGAACCAGAAGUACCUCAGUCAGCUGACCAAUCUGAUGCAAGAGGCCACAGACGACCAAGCAAAGAGCAUAGUGGAGCAGGACUGGAGCUGGACAAAAUACGAGACGUUAACCACGAAAUUAAAAAAGCGAAACGCGUAAGCCCCCGGUCCGCAUCGUCCGAGUAACACUAAGGACCGUCGACUCGGCGGAGCGGCACCACGCAUUGUACAGCCGUGUGUGACUCGGGGAAAGAUUUCCUUCGUUUUCCUCGCUGGUGUCUCUGUCUUCUCCCAUCAUCCCUCACGGUGGAAGGUUUGAUUCCCCUGUUUUUAUACCAGAGAACAAUAAAGCUGCGUCUCUCCACUCCUUCCCACCGCGCUGCACCAAUAUCCCGCCGCCAGGUUUGUCGCCCGGCGGCGCAUCGCCGAGCUAACCGCAGCGCCGCGGGGAACAUGGGAACCGCGUUGGCACGGAAAGAAAACAGGAAACGUUCUGGGUGGAGAGCUGGGAGGGUGGAGGGGGAUUGAAGAGGAGAUGAAAGCACUUUUGACGCUCCCAUGUAGCCUCUCUGUGAAGACGCCGCCACAACUGGUGGCAGAAUUCGCCACGAAACAGAAACCCUUCGUCACUCUCCAUCAGUUUUGUAUAUUUUGCUAUCAAUGUUUUCGGGGGUUUCCAUUAUGUGUAUGUUUUUUGGAAGCUAGUAUUGUAUAUCCUUAACAAAGGUGUUUUGUCAUACGUGCCUCGUACAUGGCUGGCCAUUGUGUUGAUACAUUGUCUUAUACUGUAAAUGUCUUUUAACUACGAUGGGGGGGGGGAUUGAUGGAGCGGAGGGUCUCUGCUGCAUUCACGCCAAACACAGUUGAGUCAGUCGGACUGGGGUCAGCCAGAAUCUCUGAAGCUGCUGUUGGAAAGUUUAGUGUAAGGAAGAACUGUGCCAAAAAGUUUAGGAAUAACCAGCGGUACGUCUUACAGCGAGGCCAUCAAGCCAAGCAGAUGAAGACAUUGAGCUGCCUUUAGUUUGUUAGUCUGACUUUAUUUUUUUUCCCUUCAUUACAUUGUCUUCAAUCAUUUUGAUUUGAGCUUCAGCAUCACAGCCCCUACAAAUGUAUAUCAAGCCCCAGAUAUAGUAUUGGAAAGCGGGAUUUGUAGACGUGACGCUACAAAUCCUACCAAAUAUUGUAUCCUACCCCACCUU